AUGGCCUCUGAUGUACCAUCGUUGCCGGGCGGAUUGAGGCUGCCUCAACCAAGAGAAGAUUUCCGCCGUGCCUAUGAAGAGCCGUCAGCGCAGCCUCCCGAGCCUCCCGAAGGCGACAUUCCCGUGCCUUUGAGGCUGUUGCAACGGGCGCAUAGUGUGAAGGAAGCACCGGCGCCUCAGCAACAGCCAGUACCUCUCCAAGGAGUUCAAGAAGCAUGGGGCUUGAACAGGGCUUCUUCGGUCAUGCCUUCCAGCCAGCGCGCCCCGCCAGAGAUCUAUGACGGACCUCCAAGAGGGUGGCCAGGCUCUCUUCCCCGACAGCCGGAGAAAGGAGAUUACUCUGAUCCUCCGUCUUUUCCAGGAUUUCAGCAUUACCGCAUUUUCAAAAAGGCUCUGGUGCGAUGGGAUUCAGUAACAGACGUCAAGCCAUGGCGAAGAGCAGAGAAGGUGCUGAGGCUCUUUGACUGGACUCUGAUGUCUCGGUUUGACCAUCUUAGCGAACAAGAGCUUCAGGGGCCUGCCUACCUGCAGAAGAUUUUGGAGAUCUUAGAUCUUGAAGCUGGAGUCAUGGCAACCACCGAAAAGCACAGACUUGUCAGGGAGGCGUUGUUCGAGCAUACAAGACAGCGUGAUGAAUCUGUAGCUCAAUACGUCCAUAGACGACAUCAACAGUUCAUUCAGGCGGAAAAUGUGGGAGUUGCUAUUCCCUCAGAUGUCCGAGGAGCUUUGUUGGAAGAAGGGGCGGGGCUCAAUGAACAAGGAGUUCAGAACCUUCGCACUCUCACAGGGGGAAGCCAAGCCUUCGAGGUGGUACGGAGGGCUCUUCUUAUGAUGGAGGCUCCCGCUGCCUCGUCCAAACUUCUCAAGAAAACCUUUCAUGCCGACACUUCGGGCGUCUACCUCGAAGAAGAGGAUGAGGCCAUGAUCCUGUUUGAGCUUGACAAGCUGAAUGUCUCUGAGGAAGAGUGUUCUAAGGUGUGGGCAGUGCUUGAGCAAGGUCGCCGUCGGACGUGGAAAGAAAACAAAGAUCUCCGCCGGUCCAUCCGAAAGGACCGCCAGCACUUCGACAGGACCGCCGCGUCGACGUCUUCCACAUCCUCUGCUCAUAACCGAAGGCUUCCCAUAGACAAGCUCAAGCUUGUCACCAAAUGCGCUAAGUGUGGUCAGAAGGGCCACUGGGCUCGGGAGUGUCCGAACCUUGCGCAACCAAGGUCCUCGCAGCAGCAUGAGGCACGAUCAUCUUCCUCGGCGUUCGUCUUCUCGACUUUUGACCCUUCCUCGUCUUCAUUCGUUACGAUUGCGGGCCUGGAGAUUGUUCGUGAGAUUCGCCAAGGGUGUUCGUCCUCGACUAUGUCGCCGUGGAAUUUUCUAUCCUUGAGUUCCUUGGCCCCAGGCCAAGCCAUCUUGGACAUCGGUGCAGGUGAGGAUCUUAUAGGCGCCUCCGCUUUCGAGCAGUAUCAGACUGCCCUGAGCAACUUGGGUUGGCAAGGGGUGAUUCUUCCAGAAAGUUCCCCCCCAGCAAAGGGGGUAGGUGGAUCGUCGAGAGCCAAGUGCUAUGCAAUCCUGCCAGUUGAACUUGGCGGUCGCCUCGGAUUCGUGAAGACCAAAGUUCUAGAGGAAUCGAUCCCGCACCUCUUGUCCGUCGGAUUGUUAGACAGCCUAGGCGCAUGCAUCAAUCUCCCGAACAACACGGUCCAUUUCAAGAAUGCCCCUCAGGAAGCCAAGGUGACCCGAAGCAGAUCGGGACACCGGGUGGUGAACGUCCUGCCCACGCAGAGGUUCGCAGCAGAGCUCGUUCCCGUGGACCUGAUGUGUUCUAGUGCCUGCGACUUUCAGAUUCCAUGCGCGACCGCAGAAGCAUACAAGGGGGGCUUGAGAGCAACGCAAGCGCUAGUUUCCCGAACUCCUCCUCCACUCCUCCUGAGUCCGCGUCCUGUCAUGUUCACUCAUGUGGAGUCUCGGUGGCACCGACUGGCCAUUACGAUGCUGCAGUUCGCAAUGACGACUGCCGCCCAGAUGGUGAAGCUGUACUUGGAACAGAAGGCCAUGAAACAUCCUUCCAAGUCCAUCGACAAGACGGAGUGGACUCCGGAGCAGCGCGCCUGCUCUCAUCCACAAUCGCAUCAGCGCAGGGGUGGGAACCAGUGGGGAAGAUGGACGCAGUGCGGACUAUGUCUGGCACGCACGUCAUAUGUCGCACAACUUUCCGCCAAGGCCAAAGCCAAAGCCAAGUCAAAGGGGAAAGAGACCCAAUCGAUCUACGAAAGCGUGGAUGUUCAGGAAGCCAUCAAGGAUGCAGCCUCAAGAGCGGCCAGGGAGACAGCUCAGCAAAUCAAGGCCGAGGAGCAUGUGUCCAAGGCGGAGGUGGAGUCCCUGCUGGCCACGUCAAUCGAGGAGGUAGUGAAGCAACUACGCAAGCUAGACCAGUCAGUGAAUGCUCUCACGCAGGAGAAUGCCGCUCAGUGGCAGGUUCUUCGAUCCAUGACGGCAGUGGCGGGGCAAUCAAUGGACUCCACACCCACGGAAGUGCAGCAACAUCAGGCUCAGCUGACCGCCAUUGCAGAGCAACAACUUCUGGCAGCGCAUGCUGCAGCCUGGUCAGCGUGCUCCCAAAACCAACUGGACCCCUGA